CUCAUUUUUCUUCCCAAUGAGAAAACAACUUCUCUCUCCGUCUCUCUCAUCUUAAGUCGCUAACUUACGCACUUCUUCACUCUGCUUAUCCUACGCAUCUCCCGAUGUCACAGACGAGCUUCUUCUUCAUCCUCAUCAACAACAUAAGAAAUACUAGUAUCUCUAGGUAACUUGAACCUAAAAAGACAAAAAAUGGACGGUCAGAAGAAGUUAACAAGAUCACAAUCAUCUCUACUAAGAUCAUCACCAACGAUUAGAUCUUCAAUUCAUUCACUUUCGUCAAUUUAUGAAGAAGAUAAUGAUUCUGUUGCAUCAGAUGAGGAAAAACCUCACAAGUCUAAUAAUUGUAGAAGUGGGUUUAGUAGUAAUUAUACUAAUGGUUCAUCAAUAAACCGCUUCUUAUUUCAAUCACUAGCGUUGAUAACCCUAACAUUAUUGUUCCUGUUUUCCUUGAUUUAUCUGAAAAAUAAGGAAUUACCAUCUUCAGGAAACUUUUUAUUAGUAAUGGGUUUCGUUGGUUUUGGGAUUUUUGUGGUGAGAAAAGGAAAAGGUUCGUCUUUUCUUAAACAGUUAUGGGAUGAAAGAAGUAGAAAUAAUAGAGGGUUUUCAAAGAGUAGUGGUGGUGAAUCAGUUCAGUGGUUUAUUGGCGGUGGUGGAGGGAGUUAUUCUUCGUGUUCGUCUUCGUCGAAUUCGCCGUCUUGGGAUGUAGACAAGAGAAUUAUAAGAGAAGGGGUUGAAUUUUACAGUAAUGGAGAUUUUUAUGAAGGUGAAUUCCAUCAAGGGAAGAGUAAUGGUAGUGGAGUGUAUAAUUAUUUUAUUAAUGGAAGGUAUGAAGGAGACUGGAUUGAUGGGAGGUAUGAUGGAUAUGGAAUUGAGAGCUGGGCUAGGGGGAGUAGGUAUAGAGGUCAGUAUCGACAAGGUUUGAGACAUGGAUUUGGAGUUUAUAAGUUUUAUACAGGUGAUAGUUAUGCUGGUGAAUGGGUUAAUGGACAAAGUCAUGGAAUUGGUGUUCAAACUUGUUCUGAUGCUAGUUGUUAUAUUGGUGAAUUCAAGUGUGGCGUUAAACAUGGUUUUGGUUGUUAUCAUUUCAGGAAUGGAGAUAGGUACUCAGGAGAGUAUUUUGGAGAUAAGAUCCAUGGAUUUGGAGUAUAUCACUUUGCCAAUGGGCACUGCUAUGAGGGGUCCUGGCAUGAAGGCAGGAAGCAGGGAUUCGGUGUUUACACCUUCCGGAAUGGGGAAUCUAAAUGUGGGGAGUGGGAUUCUGGUGUUCUCAAAAGCCCCCCACCUCAAUUAACUGACACAGUUCUCCGCGCAGUUCAGGCAGCUAGGAAAGCGGCAGAGAACGCCAUUCAUCUUCCUAGGGUGGAUGAACAAGUAAACAAGGUGGUCACGGCUGCAAAUAGAGCUGCCACUGCAGCAAGAGUUGCUGCCAUCAAAGCUGUUCAAAACAGAAUGGAUGGUAAAUUUUGCGACACUGGCGAAGUUUAGGAGAUAACAACUUCCACUUUUACACUGUAAAUUUUCUAAAUAUGUAUUCAGUGAGUUUCUCCCUCACCCGGGUAAGCAAAAGCUGGCACCGGAGUGUCAGAGAGAGAGAGAGAGAGAGAGAGGUUUGAUAUCUAAGAUCACCUUGUAACAUGUACAUAAAGCCUAAUGUAAAUCUUAUCUAUAUCAUUGAAAGCUAAGUUUUCAAGAUC